AUGGCCGUGUACAUCCGCCUGGACGACGCCGUGCGCGCGCGCCUCCGCGGGGACGGGGGUGGCACCAGCAGCGGCAGCGACCACGACGCCUCCGCCUGCCUCUCCGACCUCGUCCAGGCCUUCCUCGAGACGGACGCCGCCGGCAACGGGGACGACGCGGCCGGGCCGGCCCCGAAAGGACGUGACGGGUACGACUCCGACGACGCGGACGGCGCCGCGGAGGCGGCCGCGUCCGUGCGGGAGCUGCUCGACCCGCCGGCCGCGGAGGACCCCUUCCGGAUCAGGCUGGCGGCCGCCGUGUCCGCGGCGCUGGACGCGGAGGCGCCGCUGCGGGGGCACGGCGCGGCGUUCCGGCGCGCGGUGAUGCGGCGGCUGCGUGCCGCUGGGUACGACGCCGGCGUGUGCAGGUCGCGCUGGGAGACGUGCGGCAACCUGACGGCCGGGACGUACGAGUACAUCGACGUGGUCGUGCCGGCCGCGGGGAAGGCGGCGAGGUACAUUGUGGACGCGGACUUCCGGGCGGGGCUGGAGGUGGCGCGCGCGACGGCGGAGUACGCGGUCGUCGUGGCCGCGGUGCCGGCCAAGGCGGUGGUCGCGCGGGAGGAGGCCGUGGGGCGCGCCGUGCGCGUGGCCGCCGACGCCGCGCGCCGGUCGCUCCGGGCGCACGGCCUGCACGUGCCGCCGUGGCGCAAGAGCCGGUACAUGCUCGCCAAGUGGCUGGGGCCCUACAAGCGGUCGCCGUCCUCCUCAUCAUCGGCGUCCGGCGCAAUGCCGGCGCCCGGCGGCCCCGGGAUGGACAUCAUCAAGUGCCGCGCCGUCGGGUUCUUCCCGUCCCAGACGGCCGCGCCGGCGGCGAGGAUCAAGUAUCUCUGGAAGAUGUCAUAG